AUGCAUUCUACUACCAGUAUCGAUUGCGAUAUAUCAGAAGAAUCAACAACUAGUUUACAAAAACUUACGCCGUGCCGAACACGACAUUCAGCAGUUAUAACGCAUGCCAAUAUUCUCCAUAGAGCAAUUGACCCUGGAAGUAUACCCAACUAUCUGUGCCGACCAUAUCAGCCUGGAUUAGGCUCCAUGACAUCAAGUCCUUUGAUACAUAACAUUAUACCAGGUGCUUAUUCUUCACCUUAUAUCAAUCGAAAGCCAGUCAAUCAAUGCAACUUUGUGCUUGACUGUCCUGUACCUACUCGAUUAAUGGAGGCAAGUGCUCGAAAAGAAAAAGAAUUUAGUAUGAUGCGAUAUUCUGCUGUUACUUGUGAUCCCAAUGAUUUUGCAACAAACCAUUAUACGCUUCGACCUCAAUUACAGAAUCGCAAUACGGAACUUUUUAUAGUCAUGACAAUGUACAAUGAAGAUGAAAUAUUGUUUUGUAGAACAAUGCAUGGUGUUAUGAAGAAUAUCGCACAUUUAUGCUCAAGAUCAAGAUCAAAAGUAUGGGAUACAGAAGGCUGGAAAAAAGUAGUUGUGUGUAUUGUAGCUGAUGGCAGAAAAAACUGUGAUCCACGAGUAAUGGAUGUACUUACUACAAUGGGCGUUUAUCAAAAAGGAAUAGCAAAAAACAUAGUCAAUGAUAAGCCUGUCCAAGCACAUUUAUUUGAGUAUACAACGCAAAUAUCUGUAGAUUCAGAUAUGAGAAUAAGGGGAGCAGAAAAGGGAAUUGUUCCUGUCCAAGUACUGUUUUGUUUAAAGGAACAAAAUGCCAAAAAAAUCAAUUCACAUCGAUGGUUCUUUAAUGCAUUUGGACCUAUUCUUCAGCCCAAUAUUUGUGUCUUGCUAGAUGUAGGCACAAGGCCUGGAAAUUCUUCGAUUUAUCACUUGUGGAAGGCAUUUGACACCAAUGAAAAUGUAGGAGGAGCAUGUGGAGAAAUUUGUGUCAUGAAAGGAACAGCAUGUAUGGAUCUCCUGAAUCCUUUAGUGGCAGCACAAAACUUUGAAUACAAAAUGUCCAACAUAUUAGACAAACCACUCGAGUCUGUGUUUGGCUAUAUAUCUGUCUUGCCCGGUGCUUUUUCUGCUUACAGAUAUGCAGCAAUACAGAACGAUAUAAACGGUGUAGGCAAUUCAGACAUCUUUACAGCCAACAUGUACUUGGCUGAAGACCGCAUUCUAUGCUUUGAAUUGGUAGCCAAGAAGCAUCAGCGUUGGGUACUCAAGUAUGUAAAGAGUGCCUUUGGAGAAACAGACUGUCCAGAUCAAUUACCAGAAUUUAUUUCACAACGAAGACGAUGGCUCAACGGUAGUUUUUUUGCAGCUGUUUACUCUCAAUGGCAUUUUUCUCGGAUCUGGUGUACCAACCAUUCAGUGGGCAGAAAGAUUACACUAUCUAUUGAAUUCUUUUUCAACUUUAUCAAUCUGAUUUUUAGUUGGCUAGGCAUGGCCAAUUUCUAUCUUACAUUUCACUUUGUAACAAAAUCAUUAGCAUCUCCUGAAAUGGACCCCUUUGGUAAUGGGUGGGGGCAAUGUAUAUUUCUGACAACAAGGUACCUCUAUAUCUUCUUGUUUAUCGCUUCCUUCAUUUGUUCCAUGGGCAAUAGACCACAAGGUUUUUUUGUUAGAUCAAAAUGGAUGUUUAUUAUUUCAGUCAUUGCUUAUGGAAUCAUUAUGGUAAAGGGAAUAGAGACAGCUGGCUGGGACCCUGUUAGCCCUAUAGGAAACCUCGGACUGUUACUGAGUCAAAUGGAGUUUCGACAUGUAGUUGUGUCUAUAUUUGCUACCUAUGGUCUCUACAUUGUGGCUAGUAUUCUCUAUAUGGAUCCAUGGCAUAUGAUUACUAGUUUUUUACAGUACAUGUUUCUGCUGCCUACAUAUGUUAAUAUACUGAAUGUGUAUGCAUUUUGCAAUAUUCAUGAUGUAAGCUGGGGAACAAAAGGAGACAAUGCAACACCAAUGGAUCUGGGUGUAGCAAGCAAAGCUAUGACAAACGAGAAAGGCAUAGAAGCUGUAGAAGUUGAAUUGGAGAAUGGGAUGGAUCAAAUUGAUCGUUGUUAUGAUGAAGCACUUGACAGUUUACUGCUAAAACCGGAAAUUAUUCGACAGAGUCGAGCUCCUAAAACAAAACAAGAUGACUAUUAUCGAGGAUUUAGAACUCGUUUGGUUCUGACUUGGAUUGGAUGCAAUGCAAUACUUGUUGCUUUUGUCACAAGUGGUACACUCCAUUCUCUUUUGGCAAAUACAGCAGAGAAGCAGGCAGUUGAGGAAUACGAAAGUGCAGUGGGAUCAGCAUAUACUGGAUUUGUACUAUGGAUGGUAGCAGCCACAGCAACUUUCCGGUUUGUAGGGAGCUUGCUUUACCUUGUAUUAAAUUGCUUUAAUGUAUAA